UCACUGCUAAAUUCUACUAGAUCAGUUGAAGCCCAAAUGAAAUUGAAGCCCAUGAGAGUGUGUGGGAGCGCGAAACGACGAUUUCAAUUUUCAAUUUGAUUCGAAGUUGGUGGAAAACACGGUGUUGAUAGAAAUGCCGAGGAGAUUCUUCCAUGGAUGGGAAGGCUAACCUUCCGACCAAACCAGACUCCUCCUCUUCGCCGGAGUUCCUCCGCCAUGUUCAGGCCGCCCUGAAACGCCACCGUCCUCUCGGUACAAUGCAGUCCAAUAAAAUAAGGCCAAGGCGCACGCUGCUUCCACAAACACAGGAUUCGCUCACCCUCAGGAACAAUGCUCCUUCUUCCGAUGCAUCGAUUACGCCACCUUCAGCGUCUUCUGAGAGCAGCACUGUUGACCCUUCUCAAAAUGCAGAUGCUCACAGGAAAUCCCAGUUUUCGGUUCAAGCCGGCGCUGCCCGGCAGGGGGGCCAUGAUGGAAAGGCCACUGACUUGGAGAACUUGUCUUCUCAUUUGAGUUCACUUGGAUUCGCAGAAAUGGAGUGGGUUGAAAGCAGCCAGCUCGAGGGGUCGAUUGGAUUCAACCAGGACUUGAAGCACCCCAAAAUUCAGCAGGCUGAGCUUGACAUGAAUUUGUUGCCAAAGAGAGCUACGGGAGUUACCCGCGAUCAUAUGCAGCAAUUCAGUAACUUUUUGAGCCAGCCAGCAACGCAGUCUUCGGUGGCGGGGCCUUCGUGUGCUACGACUACCUCAGUCCAUUCAACCUCAGCUCCCAUGCUUAAUUCAACUACCCGGAUUUUAAGUUCGCGGCUUGAUGGUGGUUCGUGUCUGACUGCUGAGCCUUUGGGGGAGAUUGAUGUUAAUCCUGAUCCUAUGAGUAAAAGGGUUAUGGAAUUAACGAAUGCUUCCUUGAGGGAAACCAGUAGAAUGUCUAUUGAUCAGGCAGCAGUUUCUGUCCCAGCUGCUGACUCUUGUAUUGAUGCGGAGUUGGCAUCUAAGGAUAGUGAUCAAUCUAAGGGGCAACAAGAAUGUGUGACAAAAGAAAUCAGCAAUUCAAACUAUACUUCUUGUGAUGAUGACAGGUUGGCUAAAGGGAAAGAGCCUGCAGAUGCUGCCAAUAUACAACCUCAGGCUCCAAUGCCGAAAAACUCAUCAUCAGAUGUUAAGUUGGAGACUUCUAAGUUAGAAAAGCGGGACAAGGCUGCUAGCGGCAAAGGUUCAUCAGCCGCUCGGAAAAGGACCUAUGACCCUGAUUUGUUUUUUAAGGUCAAUGGCAAGCUUUAUCAACGCCUUGGCAAGAUAGGUAGUGGUGGAAGCAGUGAGGUUCACAAAGUGAUUUCAUCAGACUGUAAGAUCUAUGCACUUAAAAAAAUCAAGCUCAAGGGUCGUGAUUAUGCUACUGCAUUUGGGUUCUGUCAAGAGAUUGAGUAUCUACAUAGGCUGAAGGGAAAGGAUAAUAUCAUACAACUUAUAGAUUAUGAGGUGACUGACAAGGCUUUGCUUGAAGAAGUUAUGAAAGGCUCCUUUAGCAAUAAGGAUGGCCGAGUCAAGGAUGAUGGAUUUAUAUACAUGGUACUUGAAUAUGGGGAAAUCGAUUUAGCUCACAUGUUGUCCCAGAAGUGGAAGGAACUGGAUGGGUACAAGGAGACCAUAGAUGAGAACUGGCUUCGAUUUUAUUGGCAGCAAAUUCUUCAAGCUGUCAACACUAUUCAUGAGGAGCGUAUUGUGCACUCUGACCUGAAGCCAGCUAAUUUUCUCCUAGUCAAAGGUUCUCUAAAACUGAUUGAUUUUGGUAUAGCCAAAGCAAUAAUGAGUGAUACGACCAACAUCCAAAGGGAUUCACAGGUGGGCACUCUGAGUUAUAUGUCUCCAGAGGCAUUUCUGUGUAAUGAGACUGAUGCGAAUGGAAACAUCAUCAAAUGCGGUCGUCCAUCAGAUAUCUGGUCCCUGGGUUGCAUCCUUUAUCAAAUGGUAUAUGGGAGAACACCAUUUUCUGAAUACAAGACAUUUUGGGCCAAAUUCAAAGUAAUUACAGAUCCAAAUCAUGAAAUUACGUAUGAACCAGUUUCAAACAUAUGGCUAGUAGAUCUUAUGAAAAGGUGUCUAGCAUGGGAUCGUAAUCAAAGGUGGAGAAUUCCUCAGCUACUCCAACACCCUUUCCUUGUCCCUCCAGUGCCACGUCAUCCAUCUCUGUCUCAAGACAAUAACUGCAAAUUGCUACAACUUAUUGGUGAAACAUGUACAUAUGACCCCGAAGCAUCCCAUCUAUGCUCACAGCUCCAACAGCUACUUGAUGAUCCACUCGAGUUUACAACCCACUCACUAAAUUCGCGAGAUCAAUAUCAAAAACUUUUGUCCCAAAUGUCAGAACUCUGUAUUCAGCUGCAGGAACGUCUGAUACAUACUGAUAACAAGUAGGUGACGAUGGAACCUUAGCAUUUUUAUAAGUGGGCAUUCAAUUUUUUGGGCUUUUCGUUCAAUAUAUUUUCAUAUUUCUGUAUUUGGCUAUUUGCCAUUAUUACCCAAAGUAGGUAAAGUUGUGUGUAUCCUCCUGUGAAUCAAUUUAGUACAGGUCUUGUAUAAAUUUUGUGAAGUGAGAAAAAAAAACACCAGGUUCAAUUAUUAUCUUAAAAAAGAAGCAAAUUACAGUUGUUGAUGUUGUAUGUA